CGUCAACGCAAAAUCUGGAUUCGACUUAGCCAUUGGCGAGGACAUCUCUAGAACCCGACAAUAUCUUAAAUUCGUCACCUUCCGACUCCGCUCUAUCAUGAAAAGACGUUCAACAUACAUCACACAUCCCAGCCAUGCAGUUGAUCCGAAAGAUAUCAAAGUUUCCUCAGAUCGGGUACAGUUGGCAGGAGUCAAGGCUGCCCGAGAAGAGCGCUUGACUAUCGGACUAAAAGAACUUCCCAAAGAAAUAGUCGAUGUAUUAGAACAGUCUCACGAUCUACACAUCCGCUGGGCUUCCGACAAAUUCUACAAUGUCACAGAACCCCUGGUCUCUCGAAUCUCCCCUGGACUACAUAUACACUAUACUCCUCUUAAAGACGAUCAACCAGACAAUCUGUGUGAUGUGAUUCAUACUGUCUUUGGCAAAGACCUCAAAUGUGUCUCACCCAAAACCACCUUCAUCACUCCUCCCGUACUGUCAGCCCGCUUCGCCCGUACCGCCAAUUCCCAAUAUUACUCAGAGCUUCCUAAUGUCAAAAGCCUUGUCUUAUACCUCCAACGGCGGCUAUGCAAUUACUCCGAUCUCAGCUGCCUCCACUCGGCGUCACUGCUGAAUCUUGCCGAUUCAAUCGACAUAGACUAUGAUAGCAUCUCCCACGCACUCACCUUCACUGCCUUCUGGUCCAAACAACCCGACAUCACUUAUGAUCCUAUAUCAGACUCCACCGCCGUCGAUCGUUGGAUGAUUGACAUCCGCUCUAGAGGUACUGAACGUGUGGAGCUUGGUGUUUUGGGUAGUGAAGCAGCACAAGAUCCAUCGGAGCUAUCACUAUCUGGCUUCCUAACUGUCCUCGGCCAGGACGACCACCCUAAAGCCACUCUCUUCAGCUUUCCAUCUCGUCACCAUCGACUCCUCGACCAGAAAUAUACUGUUUCUUUUGAUCGACCAAUCGGUCUACAUCCAAUCCUACGGAUAUCGUUCCCUUCAGCUUCAAACCUAGUCGAACCAACCAAAAAGCCAGAAGGAAGUGUAUGCGCGCUGCAAACAUACCUCACCCUACCCUCACACAUAUUCAUUGACAAGUGGGCAUUCCUUAGUAAUGACCCCUUGUUCCAGAAAUCUCACAACCUCGGCCAACUCCACACCGUCGCUGGCGACACAGACCUCGAAGCUCCAGACUAUGUGGUCAAGCAAUGGGGAUCAACAGCGCUGUUCUCGAUUCUCACACCUGAAUAUAAUCAAACCUCCUCGUCAUCAUCUGAUAAUCAUUCCUGGGACGUCACAAUCCCUAUGCACCUACGAUAUCUGACACCGCAAGCAGGAGGGUUCAGCGACGUUGACAUCCCUUGGCCAGUAGUCUUCUGGGCGUGCACCGCUGAUGACGGCACCAAGUUCCCGGUCAAUCCAUUCGACCGAACACAGCUGGGCUUCGAGGGACUUUUCGGUCCUAGAACCAUGUUCUACCACGUGCAGCCGUCGCCACAGGAUAAUCAAGCAGGGAGACUGGUUGAAACGAUCUCAUUGCCCGUCUUGAACACUCAAGCGAUGUCACAAUCGACAAUUGAAAAUCUCACCGUGGCAACCAUCUUGUUGGGAUUUUUGUAUGUCUUGUGGAAGGUAUGGCCUGGGCUGUUGGUUCAGGUUCGAGGUUUAGGAGGGGCAGGAGGAGGUAGGGUAGAUGGAGACAAAAAAUCACAAUAGUAGUAGCAGUAGUAGUAGCAUGGCCAGCAUGGCACAUCCCACGAACAGCA